GCAAACCACUCAUCCAACCAACCAACACCCUCUCCACCUUCUUCUUCUUCUUCUUCAUUCCCAAAACCUCGAGCUCUCUUGCCGUUCGCGAGUCAAUAGCCAGUAUUUGCACGGCCCCCCUUCUCCUCAAUUCCAUGCGGCAUCUACGACUCCUCUGACCCCCAGCUAGUGUCCCGUUCUUCUGUAUAAAGGAUCCCCUCUUCAUGUCCAUAUAGCCUCCACGCUCUUCCUCCAUUCCUGCAGCAUGUAGUCGUGCCAUUCUUGGAAUACUCCACUCGAGCGGGUGGGAGCAGCCAUGGCCAGCGCACCGGUUACUCGCAGUCGAGACGCCGGCGACGACCCUUACAAUGACAAGGUCAUGCUCGCCGCGGUAAUAUUGUUAUCCAUCGUCAUCUUCUUCGUCUUGUUUCUCCACAUCUACGCUCGGUGGCUGAUCAGGAGGCAGCGGCCGGUGGUCAGGAGAGUAGUGUUCAGGGAGCCUCUCCAUCUCCGAAGCAUAGCCACAUUCCCCGGUCACACGACCGAGAUAAGGUUAUCGAUUAGUGGGGUCGAUCCCAAGGUGGUGGCUUCGCUCCCCGUCUUCGUGUACAAGUCCCGGGAGCACGAGCAUGGAUUGGAAUGUGUGGUUUGCUUGAACGCCAUGGAAGAGGACGACAGCGGCAGGCUUCUUCCGGCAUGCAAGCAUGCCUUUCACGUCGGUUGCAUCGACAUGUGGCUGAUGUCUCAUGCGACGUGCCCUAUCUGUAGGGCGCCGGUGGAGAUCAUGGGCGAGCCGGCUCAGGUGGUCGACGCUGUUUCGGUGGUCGUUCCCGUGGUGGUGGUGGAGUGUGAGGCGGCCGUGCAAGUCGAACCGAGGAAUGCGACCGAAGAGUCGUGUGUGGUCAAUGUUGCAGCAGCCGAGGGUGACGUAGGCGCUGACACAUCGUCACUUGGUCCCGCAACAGCAACCCACACCAUCAAAGAAGAUUCUCCUCCUUCUUCUUCCUUUGGUUCUUCUCUCAAGAGGAUGCUGAGCAGGGGCAGAUCAUAGUACUUAAACGCCAGCCACUGAUAUUUCAGUAACAUCUCUGGUCUCCCUCCACCUCUGUGGAUGAUGCUAAUUGACUCAAGGGAUCAUCAAGGACAGACAUCUACCCGUUUUGGUUCUUUAACGUAGAAGAUCAACAACCUUCUUGAAUGGAACCAACAACUACUGUAGCUUUGAAGUCAAGUUUGUGGAUCGAGAGCCUACUCCCAACUCCAGGAAUAAUUGGAUUCUUAGUUGUGCGUAGCCUUUCUAUCGUUUUCAUCUUCUCCAACCUUUUGAAAUGUCCAUUGUGUUUCUUGGAAGCUCCAAGAAGUCGUUGUUCCUUCUCCCAUGGUGUCCAGGCUAAUAAAAUUUUCCUCUAAUAUUUAA